AUGUCGUACAGCCAGGAGCAGCUUGAUCGGUAUCUCCGACACAUCAACUACCCCCGAGAGGAUCAUGCAUCAGAUCGGUUGCAGCUUCUGAAGGAUCUCCAGGCCCAUCAGCUUGCCCGAGUUCCCUUUGAGAGCUUGGCUCUGCACUACUCAAAGCACCGCCUCAUUUCCAUCGAUCUGGAGGACCUCUUUGACAAGAUUGUAGUGCAGGGCAAAGGCGGUUAUUGCAUGGAGCUCAAUGCCAUAUUCGGCGCCGUCCUCAAAGGUCUUGGGUUCAGUCUCUUUAGCGUCGGCGCCAAGGUCAAGGGGGAAGAGAGAUUCGGCGGAUGGUCCCACAUGCUCAACCUCGUCACCAUCGACGGUCAGCGCUACGCAGUCGACGUCGGUUUCGGCAAGGGAGCAACCAUGAUUCCCGUACCCCUGAAUAAGGAGACCGGCCACGAGUUUACCACCAUCGCUCCCCUGCGAGGUAAACUCGUCUACGAAAAGCUAGACCAGAACACGGAUUCUAGUCAGCGCAUGUGGGUGUACUCCUCGACCGACAGCGCCGACGGCCCCUUUCGUCAGCGCAACUGCUUCACGGAACAGGAAUUCUUCCCCGAGGAUUUCGAAAUCAUGAACUGGGCCGUCAUGACGAAGCCGACGAGCUACUUUGUCAAGACGGUCCUGUGCAUGCGGACGAUUCUGAAUACUGAGACAAAGGAAGCCGAGGGGACGAUUGUGUUGCACAAGGAUGAGGUCAAGCGCAAGAUUGGCGACAGAGUCGAACUUCUGGAGACGGUACACAAUGAGGCGGAACGCGUGCGGGCUAUUGAGAAGUACUUUUACAUCUCACUUACGGCCGCCGAGCAGAAGGCUAUCAAGGGAAUGCCUCAGGAGUUGCUGGAAAAGCAAUGA